AUGGCUUAUGUGGUUACCAUUACAUAUCCUUCUACUAUCGAGUCGGAACACCUCGCAGAUGAGACAGCGGUGCCUCCGCCAGAUUGGCCAGCCAGGGGAGCAAUCGAGUUUAGUAAUGUGGUGGCUUCCUACAAGAACUCCUCCACCCGUGCGCUCGAUCAUAUUUCUCUAUCGAUUAAAGCAGGCACCAAGGUUGGAAUCUGUGGUCGCUCCGGAAGUGGGAAGUCCUCGCUCGUAUCGUCACUGUUCCGCCUGAUUGAACUGACCAGCGGGACGAUCAACAUCGACGGGCUGGACAUCUCUCUGCUGGCCCGUAACCACCUGCGUGCUCAGCUGAAUUGUAUCCCCCAGGAGCCAUUCCUCCUGCCGGGUUGCUCAGUUCGCCUUAACGUGGACCCGGGCAUGUCAAUCCAUGACGACAUCAUCAUUGAUGCCUUGAAGAAGGUCCAACUAUGGGAUCCGGUUCGAGAGCUCGGCGGCUUAGAUGCUACAAUUACGCCUGAUACCUUCUCACCGGGUCAGAAGCAACUUCUCUGCUUCGCCCGCGCCAUGGUGCGACCGGAGGGGAAGAUUCUAGUCCUCGAUGAGGCGACGAGCAGCAUUGACACCAAAACGGAUGACCUUAUCCAGUCGCUCAUUCGGAGUGAAUUUGCCGAUCAUACUGUUAUCGCCAUUGCACAUCGACUGGAGACCAUUAUAGAUUUCGAUGAGAUUAUUGUGGUGGAUGCCGGACGCGUCGAAGAGCAAGGUCCGCCGGCUGUUCUGCUCGAGAGAGGAGGAGCAUUUGCGGAGUUAUAUUGGGAUAAGGAUAGGGGUUCAGACAGGGCUCCAUUGAGGCUUUAG